CAGCAGCAGCAGCAGCAGAAGAAGAAGAACAGCGGAAUAAUGUAGCUAUUAGUAUUUGUUGUUUUAUGUGUAGAAUAUUAGUUUUUUUAAUUUAAAUUAAAAUAUAUAGAGCCAGCCAAGUUGCUCUGUAUAAUGUCACUGACAGCAACUGAUAAGAAUGAAGUUGAAUCUCCAGAAACUGUAUCAGCGGCUUCCAAAGAUGAAGCAUUUCCAUCUGGACACACAAGUUCCACAGCCAGACAUUUAUCUCAGGAGGAGCUGGACAGACUGAACAACGAGCGAGCUUUGGUGUCCGACUUCAAACAGAUGAAACUGGAAAAAGAAGCUCAAAAAAACUGGGACUUGUUUUACAAAAGAAAUACGACGAAUUUCUUUAAAGACAGACACUGGACCACGAGGGAGUUUGAGGAGCUUAGAGCAUGUAGAGAGUUUGAGUCCCAGAAGCUGGUUCUCCUGGAGGCUGGCUGUGGAGUAGGAAACUGCAUCUUCCCUCUAUUAGAGGAAGACCUGAACAUCUUUGUUUAUGCAUGUGAUUUCUCACCCCGCGCUGUUGAGUUUGUGAAAAAAAAUCCUCUCUUCCGGCCUGAGCGCUGCUGUGCCUUCCAGUGUGAUUUAACAAAAGACGAUCUGACAGAAAAUAUUCCAGAGGGCAGCGUGGACGUCGUCACUCUCAUCUUUGUCCUGUCGGCUGUCCAUCCUGAUAAGAUGAAGCUGGCAUUGCAGAACAUUGGCAAGGUACUGAAGCCUGGCGGUGUCGUCCUGUUCAGGGACUAUGGCCUGUAUGAUCACGCUAUGCUCCGCUUUAAAUCUGGCAGCAAGCUGGGGGACAACUUCUACGUUCGCCAGGAUGGAACAAGGUCCUUCUUCUUUUCUAAAGAGUUCCUGGCUGAGCUGUUUGAGGAGGCCGGCUUCCAGUCUGUGGUUAAUGAAUAUGUCCUGAGAGAGACGGUCAACAAGAAAGAAGGACUUUGUGUUCCUAGAGUUUUCCUUCAGAGCAAGUUUAUCAAACCACCACAUUUCUAAAGCGAUCUGGGACUGUUAUCUCUCUUCUUAAUCGGGGAGAGCAAAGAUGAGUGCUGAAAAGUGAAAAGUAAAACAAUGAGUUUCUGCUGAGCAAAACUGGGAAUUAAAAUAACUGACUCGGGUUGUUUUAUGCUCCAGCUUCAGUGUUUAAAUUCUUUUUCCAGCUCAUUGUUCAUGAACAGCAUAGGAUUUUUUUUAAAUAUUCUGUUUGUUUUCUAUCAUUUUGUCAUUUUUUUCUAUCUCUGCCAUUUAUCUUAUCAAAAUAAAACGUAAAAC